GUAAAUCACGCAGGGGUCGCAGUUACAGCGCAGGACUGUGAAAACAUGUGCACCUCGCUGUAGCUGCACGGGUGAAGUGCUCUUGUUUUUGCUAGCUUUCCUCUGAAGCGGACGUGUUUUUAUUUUAACAGACUGACAAUUACUUUUUUGUUGUAGUUGCUGGGACUGUGCACCUCACUGUCAGCAAUUUAAACCAACUUCAUUCUUAAUACCUACACAUGCCUUAACUUCACAGCAGUAAUAGCUACGAACAACUCUUCUUUUAUUUGCUUACUGAAAGCACAAGCCUCUCCUGGAGAAUGUCUGAGAGCAGCAGUGAAGAUGAAAACACUGAUAGACUGAAAGAGGCGGUGUGGAGCUUUCGACCUCAGGAUGACAAGAGCAAUGCAAACGGAGGAGCUCGUCCUUACUAUGGAGACAGCAGCAGCAGACGAAGUCAGAGAACCGAUGUUUCAAAGCAUGAACAUGAUGGGAAUGAGCUCGGGACAACACCAGAGUUUCAGUCCCAUGUGGCAAAAAAGUUAGGAGCCUUUUUGGACGGGUGUAUUUCAGAAAUUUUUUCUGAAACCGUUGACUCAAAACUUGGCCAGUCCAAAAACAGAGAUGAAGAGGAUCAAGAAAGUUUCCGUCUCUUCUCCACAUCUGCUCCUGGAAAAUGGAUGGAGGAACCACUUCCUCCACCUCCUAAAAGGAGACCAAUUCCCAGCUCUAGUGACAGUGACAGUGAGAUGGAAAUGAGGUUUAGAGAAGCCGCUGUGUCUGUGUCAGACAUCCUCGGCUCUGCAGCCCAACAUCUUACAGAGAAAACUGAGGAGAAAAGUACAACAAAAGAGUCAGCAGAGGAAAGCACCGUCACUAAAAAGAAGAAGAAAAAGAAGAAAAAAAGAAAAGCAUCCACAGAGAGAAGUGAGGAGAACAUUACCCAUGUAUCAGAGAAACCGUCUAAUGGAGAAGGAACAGAAGAGCAAACAACUGUGGUGGAAAAUUUGACAAAGAAAAAAAAGAAAAAGAUAAAGUUGGAGGAGGGCAGAAAGGACUGUGAUGAAUGAAAGGCUUUAUUUGAAGUAAUAGACCUCAGUCAUGGUAGUGCCAUAUUUAAUUUGGACCGGAAUGAAAACGAGACUGUGAGUGACAGAAGUGCUGUGUUUUAAAUGGAUUGUAGUGUUGUUUAAAAACAGUGUUCAGCUGAUGAAACAUCUUUCUGAAACAGAAAACUCAAUAAACAAACUCCAUAAAACAGUUUUGAAAGUUUUUGAGAGUUGUGAAAAUUAUGUGAUCUAGGACCUAUAUACAGUCUUGUUUUCAUCUGCGUAAAAUUCAGUAUGGUGACUAACUUUUCUAAGGUCUAUAAUACUGUAGAUGCUGUUCUUGAUGUUUGUAUAGUUUUUUAUGACAUUCAUUGUGUACUAACAGUUGACUGCGAAAUUAAAGAAAGCUUUAAAUUUGCAAGAAAUGGGUUUUAAAGCUAUAAAUGCCCCCCAAACAUCAAUAAAUUGUUUAUUUUGCCA